UAUGCAACCUUGAAAAAAAGUUGGCGUGUUGGUAUCAAUUGAUUGAUAGGUUAUGUGGCUAAAUUAAGACAGGAGGUUAGUUUAAGAUGGCGGCGAAUACAGGAACGGUGUUCUGAUGUCGAUGUGCGGGAAAUUAAUUAAUUUCCAGUAAUAUCGCAGGAGUAACAUGAAAUUUUAUAUAAAUUUAUUAAAUGGAAGAUAAAGAAUAAAAAGAUGAUAAAAUUAGAUGAGUAAACAUGAUAAAUAAUGUGAAAAUGAGCAAAUAUAUGGAAUCUUCGAGACGCUUUCUAUAGCUUGCAAAGUUUCCAGGAGGGGGCGUUGUAUAGCUGAAGGAUAAUAACGGCGUCAAGCUGAAGAGAACACAAUGGAAGACUGAUGGUUCUCGUCCACAAUUCAAAGCUCGCAGCUAUCAGUCACUAAUGUGUUUUUCCUCGACAAUUUUUCAUUAUUUAUCUAUUGAUUAUCAAGUUUUAUUGUUUAACAAAUUAAAUGAAAUUCAAGUGUCUGAAGAGAAGACAAUGGUUGAGGUUAUAAUGUCAAACAAAGUUGAUGAUGCUUUCAAUUAUUAAUUUAUUGAUUUAUCGGAAUAUUAUUAUUGUUUUUAAUUAUCCGUGGUGUUUCGUCAUUAACACAAUGAUGUAGAGUAGGUGAUUUAUUAUAUUUAUUAAUUGUCGGUGCAUUUAUUGUUGAAAUAACCUCAAUAAUUGGGACAACAAUACAAAGCAUAAAAGGACAAUUUUAGUUAUGUGUUGAAAAUUCUGUGUAUACAACGAGGCAACUGACAAUAACAUUUCUCAGACUGGCUAUCAGAAAAGUAAGCCAAAGCUUCAACCAUCCACGACAACGACAGCUAUCAACAAAUAUGCUUGCAAGACGCUUAGCUUGUUGAAGACCUAAGUAAACAGUCUGACUGUUACGUGCAUACGGAUGCGAAUGGUUUGCAGUCGAAGAUGUUGGAGAUUGUGUUGCAUCAAUACCAUUUAUCAAGAAAUAAGUCAUGCAUUUUGAUGAUAACAAGUGCAUCAAUUCAGAUGAAAAGAAAAAUGAGUAAUAUUUUGGAUAAUGGUUGAAAAUAAAAAGAUGGCGCAGUAAAGGAAAUCACUCCUCAAAGGAGUACACCAAGGCGUGAAUGAGAGGUGGAAAUGAACUACUCACAAGGGAAGGGACGGCUCCACCCGGCCUACAGCCUAAGCGGCAGCGAGGGCGAGGAUAAUUCAGUGGGUCCACGAGGUGGUCGCGUUGGUUAUUCCCAAAAUAAUCACCAAGCCGGCCAGUCACAACAUAAUCACUACAACACUACGACUAGUCAACAUAAACAACGUGGUGGCUUCCAACAACAGCAACAACAACAUCCACUCUAUCACGUUACCGGAAGUGCUGCUGGUCUUAGUGAUACUCCUACUUCUGGAAACGCUUCAGACGAAACUCUCACGGACUGUGAGCUCACACAUCUUGCUCGUGAGUGGAACGGUUGUUUAUUGGACAACUCGGCACCACGGGGACCACCCGAUGUGCCACCUCGCAAUCCUACAAUGAAUCGUUUAAACGGAAGACUGCCAGGAAGUCAUACGACAAGUGAGCACGAUCGUGAUCCAGAUUUAGAACCAUCUUGCCUUGUACGAACACCAUCUGGAAAUUUUUACAAUAUACCAAAGAUUCCGAAGAAUGAAUAUAAUAACAAAAAUCAAUCUACAGGAAAUAGUCCAAUAAAAGUCGAACUACAGAACAAUAUGGACAGGGUACCACUACCGUACGGUCAUGCACCAUCAAUGAUUCCAAUGAGGAGGCAAAGUAUUCGAUGUCAUUUCCGUAAAGGAAUUGACUGGUGCAGUUGGAAAUUAAUUGCAAUUGUUGUUAUUAUGGUAUCUCUUUGUCUAACUGCUGUUCUUACUUAUGUAGCUGCUUCCAAUACAGUUAACUGGUCAUACCAAGGCACAAAAGCCUGUACAGUUUUGGUGGGUGAUUCAGACACAAAGCAAUCAGCAGAUGCCAAAAAUUCAUCAUCAACAUCAUCAACUGGCAGUAGAUCACGUCAACCUUCAUCAGGAGGUAGGGAUCAUGAUCUUCCAGAUCAACUUCAAAAUAUUUUUUUCAGUCGUAAACGUAGAGACACAGUUAAUCAGCAUGAUGAGCACCAAACCCGUAGUACUGAAAUAGAAUUGGUAACUUUGCAUGAUAAGGUUUUGGUGCAUGAUCUACAGCAUGAUGGUGGUAAUUUUGUUUACUCAACAACUAAUUUGGAUCUUGAGGAAACCUCCUCAGAUAAUUAUAAAUUUGGUGAUAACACACAAUCAACUUUUUUUACAACUUCUUCACCCUCAAGCGAAUCAUCGCAAUCUACAUCUUCAAGUAUAUCAAGUAGAUCUAGUAGUAUUGCACAUGAUUAUCAAACUACUCUGUCUUCUACUCUCACUUAUUCAUCUUCUCUUUCGUCAUUGGAUGAAUUGUCAACUGAAACGACUUCAACCCCAUCUACAUCAACACCUUCAUCAACUGAUCAGGUAAUUUACCAGAAGCAAGAUAGUAUUAUUGACGAAACAAUACCAAUUGAGACUGUAGAUGAAGAAAUUAUACUCAAUGAUGCUGAAAUACAACAACCAAAAAUAUUGGAGACAACUUACUUCCCAGAAGAUGAAGAUCAGACUUCAAGUAUUAUUGCUGAUGAUCUUCAGGCUCUGAAUAAAGAUACAGAAAUUAGGGGUUCAACUUCAAAUGUUUCUUAUGAUGAUGUUCAAAUCCUAGAUGAGAUUCCAGCUGUUUUAGAUGAUCAAACCAAGUUCCAGGGUGGUGAGAAUACUUUAGAUGUUUCUUCAAGUGCAACUUCAAGUUCUACAAUUGUUGAAAAGGUUGUUGAAGAAUCUACAAAGAGCCAAUCAAUCCUUAAAAUUACUUCACUACCUUUUGAAGACGAGGAUUCAGUUAUUACAUCAUUACAACCUCAAGAUAACCGAGAUUUAAAUCUAGAAGAUCAUGUAGAACAGCCACAACAUGAUUUUCCAGGUUCAAUAGUGAUGAAUUAUGAUCAAGAACUACUAGAGAUUGUGAAGUUAAAUCAAAAGAAGCCAGCAACUUUAUCUGAAUCAAGAUCUAAAUACAAUCCAAUUCAUAGUGAAGAAGAAUUCAAAGAAGAUGAGAAGAAAAAAUUAGAAGAAUCAAUAAAUAAGUUGGAUGAUAUUAAAGAAAUGAAAUUUUCAUCAACAUUUCCUACUUCUUCAUCAUCGGAUCUUGGUUUAUCGCAUGCCAUGCAUGGUUCAGGUUCUAAUUCAAUAACUCGCCCUAAUUCUCCUUCAGAGCCUGUCCAAAUUAACGAAAUUAACAUUGGGAAUUCACGAAGAAUUCUUGUCAACGUAACAAUAGCAAGCUCAGACCCUUCAUCAAGGUCUCGGCCAAUUUAUGUGCUAUCAGUAUCAGUACCUAGUGAUCCUGAUACUAACAAUAUUCCUUGGGUUAAUAUGAGUCCUGUAGAUGAAGAAUAUCCUGCUAAUAAUUUAAAACAAGCUGAUUCCCAAACUUUGGAAUCACGAGAGGAUCCUUUACCCCCACCACCAAGACCACCAGCAUCACCACCACCUAUUUGGGCUGGUGGUGAAUGUGAGUGCUCUUGUCCAUGUAUGGAAUCAUCAUCUGAUGAAUGGGACACUUUUUCUGAUGAUGAUAAUCCGUCUUUCAUUGCUGAAGAUGUCAAUUCAAAUGGAAUAAAUAUGGAGAUUGAUCAAAUUCAUGAUCUAGGUAUUAAUAAAGCAUCGAGUCCAGAGUCAUCAACAUUGAGUACACCAAGUGACGGUGAUGUUGUCACAGGAUUGACGAUGACUACUGAUGCUGCUGAAUCAAAUACAAGUUCACGAUGUGGGACAACCCCACUUCCACCUGAGCCCACUAUCCUAAUUCUUGAAGGUGCAAGGACAUUCCCAGCAAGAUCUUUUCCACCUGAUGGAACAACAUUCGCUCAAGUUGCUUUAGGUCAACAUUUAAGCAAAGAAAUACCAGCUUACAGUUAUUGGAAUAUGCAAUUCUAUCAAUCGGAAGCUGCUUAUGUUCGGUUCGAUUAUAAUAUUCCCAGAGGAGCGUCUAUAGGAGUUUAUGCGAGGAGAAAUGCAUUACCUACACAUACCCAAUAUGAUCUACUUGAAGUUCUGAGUGGAUUUAAAGCUAGAAAUACCCGAGCUUCUCAUCCUUCAAUUAAAAAAGAAGUAACACACUAUAUGGAACCUGGUCAUUGGUUUUUAUCAUUAUACAAUGAUGACAGUGAUCCCCAAGAACUUUCAUUCAUCGCAGUAAUAGCAGAAGACAUGACUCAUAACUGUCCCAAUGGAUGCAGCGGCAAAGGAGAAUGUUUAUUAGGCCAUUGUAAAUGCAAUCCUGGAUUUGGUGGUGAAGAUUGUAGUGAUAGUGUUUGCCCGGUAUUAUGUAGUUCACGUGGAGAAUAUAUCAAUGGCGAGUGUCAGUGUAAUCCUGGAUGGAAAGGAAAAGAAUGCUCACUACGCCAUGAUGAAUGUGAAGUUCCGGACUGCAAUGGUCACGGGCAUUGCACCAACGGAAAAUGCAACUGCGUUCGAGGAUAUAAAGGAAAGUUUUGUGAAGAACAGGACUGCCCACAUCCUACAUGUUCAGGUCAUGGAUUUUGCGCAGAAGGUACUUGUAUUUGUAAAAAAGGUUGGAAGGGUCCUGAUUGUAGUCAAAUGGACAAAGAAGCUCUUCAAUGUCUUCCUGACUGCAGUGGACAUGGUAAUUUUGAUUUGGAAUCACAGACUUGUCAUUGUGAACCUAUGUGGUCUGGUGAUGAUUGUUCCAAAGAAUUAUGUGAUCUAGACUGUGGUCCACAUGGCCACUGUGUUGACAAUGCCUGUGAUUGUCUUCCUGGUUGGUCUGGAGAACUUUGCAAUCUCAAACAAUGUGAUCCACGUUGUAAUGAACAUGGUCAAUGUAAAAAUGGUACAUGUUUGUGUGUCACUGGAUGGAAUGGACGUCAUUGUACGAUGGAAGGUUGUCCCAAUUCAUGUUCAGGACAUGGUCAAUGUCGUGUUAAUAAUGAUGCUCAAUGGGAAUGUAAGUGCUAUGAUGGAUGGGAUGGAAAAGACUGCAGUGUUCUUCUUGAACAAAAUUGUAAUGAUGGUCGUGAUAAUGAUAAAGAUGGCCUAAUUGACUGUGCGGAUCCUGAAUGUUGUUUAACUUACGCUUGUAGAGGAAGUCAAUUAUGUGUUUCCGCACCAAAGCCUAUUGACGUUUUACUUCGCAAGCAGCCACCCGCAAUUACGGCCUCUUUCUUUGAGAGAAUGAAAUUCUUAAUUGACGAAGGUAGUCUUCAGAAUUACGCACGACAGGAGAGCUUUAAUGAAAGUGUAUUCUGGAAUCACUUCAAUACGAGCCGAUCUGCUGUUGUAAGAGGUCGUGUCGUAACUUCUAUGGGUACAGGAUUAAUGGGUGUACGUGUCAGCACCAGUACACCAUUGGAAGGUUUCACUUUAACAAGAGACGAUGGUUGGUUUGAUCUACUUGUCAAUGGUGGUGGUGCUGUGACACUUCAAUUUGGUCGAUCGCCAUUUAAACCACAAACUCACAUCGUUUUUGUGCCUUGGAAUGAGGUGGUAAUUAUUGAUCGAAUUGUGAUGAGUACUGUUGAUGAAAAGCCACCAAUACAUGUAGCACAUGCUUGUGGAGCUCAUGAUUAUGAUCUGAUGAAACCUGUGGUAUUGGCAACUUGGAAGCAUGGUUUCCAAGGAGCAUGUCCUGAUAAAAGUGCCAUUUUAACGGAAUCUCAAGUAGUCCAAGAAAGUCUACAAAUUCCUGGAACUGGUUUGAAUCUAGUCUACCACAGUUCACGUGCUGCUGGAUAUUUAUCGACCAUUCAACUUCAAUUAACGCCUGAAGUGAUUCCUCCUACUCUGAAUCUCAUCCACUUGCGUAUAACUAUUGAAGGAAUACUUUUUGAGAAAACCUUUGAAGCUGAUCCAGUGAUCAAAUUCACUUAUGCUUGGAAUAGGCUUAAUGUUUAUCGUCAAAGAGUUUACGGAGUAACGACAGCUAUGGUUAAAGUUGGCUACGAGUAUAGUGAUUGCAAAGACAUCAUCUGGGAUGUUCAGACAACCAAAUUAAGUGGCCAUGACAUGUCAAUAUCGGAAGUUGGUGGUUGGAACUUGGAUAUUCAUCACCGUUACAAUUUCCAUGAAGGUAUCUUACAGAAAGGUGAUGGAUCUAAUAUCUAUUUGAAGCAAAAACCUCGAGUGAUCCUUACUACAAUGGGAGAUGGUCAUCAACGUCCAUUGGACUGUUAUGAAUGUGAUGGUCAAGCAUCAAAACAAAGACUACUUGCUCCAGUUGCUUUAGCAGCUUCUCCAGAUGGAUCAAUCUUUGUUGGAGACUUCAACUUAAUUCGAAAGAUUCUUGUUGAUGGAACAGUACGAACUGUAGUCCGACUAAAUGCCACAAGAGUUUCUUACCGUUACCAUAUCGCCUUAAGUCCUUUGGAUGGAGUUCUCUACAUCUCAGACCCUGAAUCUCAUCAGAUUAUUCGAGUACGUGAUACGAAUGAUUACUCAGACCCCGAUCAUAACUGGGAGACGGUUGUAGGCAGUGGAGAAAGAUGUUUACCAGGUGAUGAAGCUCACUGUGGUGAUGGAGCUCUUGCUAGAGAUGCUAAAUUGGCUUAUCCAAAAGGUGUAGCUGUUUCGACUGACAAUGUUCUCUACUUCGCUGAUGGAACCAACAUUAGAAUGGUUGACCGUGAUGGAAUAAUCACGACUGUCAUUGGCAACCACAUGCACAAGUCUCACUGGAAACCCAUUCCGUGUGAAGGAACUUUAAAUGUUGAAGAGGUACACUUACGUUGGCCUACAGAACUGGCCAUUAAUCCACUUGACAAUUCUCUUCACAUCAUUGAUGAUCACAUGGUUCUUCAAUUAGCUCCAGAUGGACGUGUUAAAGUUGUUGCUGGACGUCCUCUACACUGUGCCAGUCCAUCCACUAACUUUGACACAGAACUUGCCACUCAUGCCACCUUAGUCAUGCCUCAGAGUAUUGCAUUUGGACCAUCUGGCAACUUAUUCAUCGCUGAAAGUGACUCUCAACGAAUCAACAGAGUGAGAGUGAUUGGAACUGACGGCAAAAUUUCUCCAUUUGCUGGCGCUGAGUCGAAAUGUAACUGUCUAGAACGUGGAUGUGAUUGCUUUGAAGCCGAUCAUUAUCUAGCAUCAACAUCAAAAUUCAAUACCAUAUCAGCCGUGACUGUUUCUCCAGAUGGUGUUGUUCAUAUCGGUGAUCAAGCGAAUUAUCGCAUUCGAUCUGUCAUGGCGUCAAUUCCUGAUGCUAGCGGAGCUAGAGAAUAUGAAAUCUAUUCACCAGAUACUCAAGAAAUUUACAUCUUUAAUCGAUUUGGUCAGCAUAUCACAACAAAGAAUAUUCUAACUGGUGAAACUUUCUACGUUUUUACUUACAAUGUUAACACAAGUAAUGGCAAACUUAGUACUGUCACUGAUGCAAGUGGAAACAAGGUCUUUUUGUUACGUGAUUACAGCAGCCAAGUGAAUUCUAUUGAAAACACAAAAGGCCAGAAAUGUAGACUCCGAAUGUCACGGUUGAAAAUGUUACAUGAAUUAAGCACACCUGAUAAUUACAACGUUACCUUUGACUAUCAUGGCGUCACUGGAUUACUGAAAACGAAAUUAGACAGCACUGGUAGGAGUUACGUUUAUAACUAUGAUGAAUUUGGAAGAUUGACUAGUGCGGUAACACCAACUGGUAAGGUCAUUGAUCUCACGUUUGAUUUGAGUGUCAAAGGUGCUACGGUAAAAGUUGGCCAGAAUAACCGAAAGCCAAUUUCAAUGUUGAUCAAAGGAAGUAGCGUAAUAACGAAAAUUGGUGAAGCUGAGCAACGUACAACAGUUUCUGGUGAUGGAUCAGUUGGAUUCGUUACUUCAUGGGCUCAUACAAUUAGCACUGAUACUCUUCCCUAUGCUGUUCUUGGAGAAAUUGAACCACUUUUAGGUGAAAGUUAUCCAGUACCAUCCAAACAAAGAACUGAAGUUGCUGGAGAUUUAGCAAAUCGCUUUGAAUGGCGUUACUUUUUGCGCAAAGUUGCUGGAAAGAAUCGUGGUAAUGCUAAAAUGAUUGCUCAAGUUGGUAAGAAGCUUAGAGUUAAUGGAGAUGUGCUGUUGUCUCUUGAAUAUGACAGAGAAACAAAUACCGUAGCAGUAUUUAUUGAUGAUCGAGUAGAACUUCUGAAUGUCACUUAUGAUAGAAAUGCUAGACCACUCAAGUGGACACCAAGAAAUGGAAUCUUUGCAGGAGUUGACUUGGAAUACGAUCGAUUUAGUAGACUGACAAGAUGGACUUGGGGUGAUAUUGGUGAAACUUAUGGAUUCGAUAGAGCUGGAAGACUAUUUGAGAUUAAAUACUCAGACGGUACUGCAAUGGUUUAUGCUUUCAAAGACAUGUUUAGUAGUCUUCCGCUUAAAGUAACUACUCCAAGGGGCAGUGAUUAUCUUCUGCAAUAUGAUGAGGCUGGAGCGCUGCAGUCGCUCACCACGCCUAGAGGACACAUUCAUGCGUUCUCUUUGCAGACUUCUCUUGGAUUCUACAAAUAUCAAUACUAUUCUCCCAUGAAUCGACAUCCUUACGAAAUUCUUUACAACGAUGACGGACAGAUUUUGGCCAAAGUUUAUCCACACCAAAGUGGCAAAGUGUCUUAUGUUUAUGAUCACACAGGAAAAUUGGAAACUACUUUUGCUGGUCUUUCAUCAAUUCACUACACUUACCAAGAGGCUACGAGCCUAGUGCACAGCAUUGACAUCAACGAGCCCAACUUUGAGAUGAGAAUUGAGUACAGAUACCAUGCAGGUAUCGUUAAAGAAGAGAAGAUUAAAUUUGGAAGCAAAAGCGGCAUGGAUAAUGCUCAUUAUCGAAUUCAAUAUGAUGGUAAUGCUAGAGUAUCAACCAUUGAUGUUGAAAUCAACGACAAACAGUUGCCGAAACUUAUUCUUAAAUACAACCAAAACCUUGGCGUGCUAGAGAGUGUUGCUGAUCUUCGAAUCUAUCGUAAUACCUUCAACAGAUCAGUGAUGCAAGAUACUACCAAACAAUUCUUCACCGUUACUGAUUAUGAUGAACAUGGAAGGAUAAAGAGUGUUCUGAUGAAUAUUCGGUCAUUGACUGUCUACCGGAUGGAGUUGGAGUACGAUAACAGAAAUAGAAUCAAGAUGAGGAAAUUGACGAUUGGUAAAGAAUCAAUGGACAAAGAAGAGUGGUCAAGAAUGGAUAAAAUUACUUACAAUGCUGAUGGUCAUGUACUAGAGGUUGCUGAUACUGAAAAUAAUUGGCAGUAUGCUUAUGAUGAGAAUGGUAAUGUCAUUGGUAUCACUGAACACAAUGAGAAGAUUUCACUUGGCUAUGAUUCUGGUGAUCGAGUUGUCCAAUUCGGUGACGUUGAGUUCAAUUCUUAUGAUAGUCGAGGCUUUGUGGUAAUCAGAGGAGAGCACAAAUAUCGCUACAAUUCACGAGGACAAUUGAUUCAUGCAUCAGAGCACAAGAAGUUCCAGGUCUGGUACUUCUAUGAUGAUCGUGGUAGAUUAGUGUCUUGGAAUGACGACCGAGAAAAUAUUACACAAUUCUUUUAUGCUAAUCCAAGAACGCCAUAUUUAAUUACUCAUGUCCAUUUCCCGAAAGCUGGAAAGACUUUCCGGUUUCUCUAUGAUUCCAGAGAUUACUUGAUAGCUGUAGAGACAUCAGAGCAACGCUUUUAUGUGGCAACUGAUCAAAAUGGUUCACCACUGGCUCUCUUUGAUACCAAUGGAAAUCUUGUGAAGGAAAUGCGUCGAACACCUUUUGGAAAAAUUAUCAAAGACACUAAUCCUGACUUCUAUCUACCAAUUGACUUCCAUGGAGGCUUAUUAGACCCUACAACUAAGUUGGUCUACUUAAACAACAGAUUGUAUGAUCCAACAGUCGGCCAGUGGAUGACUCCUGCUUGGGAACAAAUGGUGAAUCAAUUAACAACACCAACUGAUGUUUUUAUUUAUCGAUUCCAUAACAAUGAUCCAGUGAAUCCCAAGCAAAAUGUUGAAUACAUGACUGACAUGAGCUCUUGGUUGAAACUCUUUGGCUUUGAUAUUCCUCUCAUGCUUGGUUCUAAGUAUAUUAAAUCAAUGGCCUACCAACCUAGUGCUAUCAUUACAUCACCUCAACUAACUCCAGACUUUGGUGUUAUGUCUGGACUUCAGUGUAUUGUCAACCGAGUUCACGAGAAGUUCUCAGACCUAGACUUUGUGCCUAAACCUUUACUCAAACUUGAACCGAAAACCAGAAACUUACUUCCAAGAGUUGCUCAUCGACGUGCAGUUUUCGGUGAAGGUAUUCUAGUAUCACGAGUUGGUGGUCGUGCAUUAGUUAGUGUUGUUGAUGGUGUUAAUAAUGUCGUCCAAGAUGUAGUGACUUCUGUGUUCAAUAAUUCCUAUUUCCUUCCACUACACUUCAGUGUCCAUGACCAAGAUGUCUUUUACUUUGUCAAAGAUAAUGCACUGAAGAUGAGAGAUGAUAUGGAAGAGCUAAAACGACUAGGAGGAAUGUUUAAUGUAUCAACACACGAAACAACAGAGCAUGGAUCUGGAACAUGGAAAGAAUUACGACUUCAUAAUCCUGAUGCCGCCGUUGUUAUCAAAUACGGUGCAGACCCUGAACAAGAACGACAUCGAAUUUUAAAGCAUGCACACAAACGAGCUGUUGAAAGAGCUUGGGAGAUUGAAAAGCAAUUGGUAAUGUCUGGGUUCCAGGGUCGUGGUGACUGGUCAAAGGAAGAGAAAGAUCAGCUACUAAGUAGAGGAACUGUUGAUGGAUAUGAAGGUGUUGAUAUUCAUAGUGUUCAUCGAUAUCCUCAACUUGCUGAUGAUCCUGGUAAUGUUGCUUUCACUCGAGAUACCAAAAGAAAAAGAAGGAAGAGUGGUAAUAGAAGGAAUCGUGGACACAGGCACAACUCGUGAUUGAAUUCAGCCAAAUAAUGAACUGAGCUUUUUCGAUAAUUUCGACGAGUUUUAUGGUGCCAUAGGCUUUGAUCGUGAUUCUAGUGAUUAUAAGAAAUCUAUUUAAAAGUGAUUGUGAAAAAGGAAAGUGUCAAAAUUUUAACUAGUCUUUAAAAUUCAAUGAACUCUUAAUAGCGCCAUUUAUAAAAUUUUUCAGGACAAUCAGUUAUAAACUAUGCCUGAAAAUGGAAUUAAAAUUAAAUAAAGAAAUGGACGUGUAUUUUUGUGUGUUGAUGUGCGGUAAUACGAUAACUAAACUCAAAAUGUAGUGAAAGAAAAUGUUGAUGAAAAACAAAUAUGGUAAAAUAAAGAAAUUAUUUUGAGAUAAAUAAAACGCACGCAACAGGGUCUAGUGGACAUGGAUAACAUAAUAAUUCGUCAAGUCCAAGACGUAAUCGUCCAAAACCAAUUAAAUUAAAUUGAAUGAAUGGAAGCUAUUUUUUAAAAAAGAUGAUAAUGAAUUAAUGAAGGGAUACAGAUUAGAAUUGAUGAUGGAAUGAAAAAAAAUAAUUUGUAAAUAUUUAAAAAUAAGUUAAUUAAAAAUAGUAUAUGUAGAUAGUGAUAUUUAGGUAAUUGAUAUUAAUAAUUAUGAAUAAAAAUAAAUAAAUAAAAUGCUUUUUUAUAUGUAAAACAUAUGUUUAAAUAAUAAACAAGUUAAUUAACUGAACAAAAAAAAAAAAUAAACAUAUAGGCAAAUGCAAGACAAAAUAAAAUUUGUCAUAGAUUGAAUGUAAAUAAUCGCUAUAGAUAUAUGCAAUUUUUAGUCCAGUGAAAUUAGAGUUGGAAUAUCGGAAAAUCAGUAAAUAUGGCUGAAAAUUGGAGGGAUUUUUCUUAAAGUCACUGAAAAUAAUUCUGAUAAAUAAAAAAGGGUUGAAAUAAUCCUUUGAAAGUUGGUUUUUCAAAUUAUCUCCAGAAAUAUGCGAGAUAUGGAAAAAUUUUUUAAACAAAAAUUGUAAAUUUUUUAAUUCUAUAAAAAAUUGCAUACCACUUUCUUACCCCUAUCUCUAAUAGUUUGGAGAGAAAUCAUCCCCGAAAGUAAAAAAAGAUAGGGGUGAAAAGGUGAUGUGCACAUUUUAUACCAUUUUUGUAUAAAAAAUUAUUCCUUAUUCCGCAUAUUUCUAGAAAUAAUUUAAAAACACACUUUUUAGGGGUUGUUUUUACCCUUUUCCAAGAUUGGAGCACAUUUUUUCUCCACCGAUUUCCCUAUCUAAACUCUAAUUUCACUGGACUAGUUUUUUUGUGUCGCGUGUUAAAAAAAAAAUUAUUAAUGAAUUAAUUAAUAAUUAUAUUACAACCUGAAUAUCUUUAAAUAAUUGUACAUUUAUUAUGAAUUCUUGUUAAUAUGUUUAAUUGAUGUCACCAAGAAAAUUGGUGUUAUUUACAGUGAUUGUUAUAUUCCAUAUUUUUUUUAUGGAUUUUAAUCUUUCUUUUUUUAUUUAUUUUAUACUAUUAAUUGUAGAGCAGUUAAAAUACUGGAAGACAAAAAAAAAGAAUAUGAGCAUUUAUUAAUUAACAAUACAUAAUCAUACACUCCAACAAUAUGUCAUAGUUUACUUAAUUAUUAUAUUAUUGCUGUACAUAUCGAUGAAUCUAAUAACUGCCAAUUGUAAACUGAUAAUUAGAAACAA